UGUAAUUAGUCAACAGGUGUUCACGACAGGUAAAACACAGAGAAAAGUGUAAUUUUAGGUGCACAUUUCUUUUCAGUCAUUAAAAUUAAAAUUAAUUGGAUAAACAGCGUGAAUAUCGAUCACUUUCAAAGAAGGAUAACAAUUCAACUCGGGUGAAAUGGACUCUCUUCCAUGGGGGCGAAGCGUGCAGGACAUGGCACUACAAAAUCCUGUCAUUUUAACUGAAAUAUUAAAACACCACUCUGCCCGUUGAAAAGUUGCCGACUGGUUUGCCAUUUUUUGAAUGAUAUCGUCCUCUCCCUUCCAAAUACAAGACUUGCCUUAAAUCUGGACCAUAAAGACGACGAAGAUGGUGACGAUGACGAAACCGUCCAAUUUUUCGGACGAUUUUUCGCAUUAGAUGACCGACUUGGGAAACGAAUUCGUCACGCUUCCAUCGAACCUUCCCUUGACUGGAGGCUGAUGUACGUUUGUGACAAAUUCAGUAAUCGGGUAGAAAUUUUGGACCUUUCCAUCUGCGACGAACGAUGCCUACCAUCAGUCUGUCAAGUUUUGAAAAAUCGCUGCCCCAAUUUGAAACAAUUGCGAAUAGACGGCGAUUUUACGGAUGCAUGCGAUGUGAAUCUUUUUCAACGCGGAGAGGAACAAAUCCUACCACUAAAACCAAAUUUGACCCUGUUCACCCUCACUUGCUACAGUUACGACCCAAAAAUCCAGUUUGUCAAAACUCUCGCUAAUGUAAUUCAAUUGGUCGUCAACGCCUCGCCAAAUUUGAGAGAGGUCACCAUUCCGUGGGGAUUCUAUCCAAAUUUGGCAAAUUCCAAGUGUCUCGAAUCCUUGCACAUCUCGCUGAAUGAAGUCGACCCAUAUGAAAUUGAAGAGAUACAGAACGAUUCCAGACUCUCUGACAUGUUGCACCAGGUCAACGACCAACUGGUCGGCCUGUCUUUGGGCACUGUUCAAAACGCUCUUCUGCUAGUACCGCGAGAGGGCUACGAUUUCGGAAACUCGUCUCCUGUCGGAUUCCACUUGGCGAGAAGGAUGCCAAAAUUACGAAAGUUUUCCAACCGUAUCGUCGAAAUGUUUCGAUGUUCCGACUUUUUGCAGAAUAUUGAAAUGAUGCCGUUCCUGGAAACUUUGGUGCUUGGAAGAGACCUGCAAGAGUUGAGAGGUGUGGAUGAAAUUUUACGACGUAUUUUCAAGAAGCAAAUGAUUCUGCCAAGUGUAAGGAAAUUGAAGAUUAUCGAGGUGUACGAUCCAAAACUUUUGGACGGAGUGGCGACGGCGUUUCCGAACGUGGAGAGGUUGGAGAUUGCUCGAUGGGCCGAAAUGGGGUUCGACUGCAAAUUGGAUAGAUUGGAGGUGAACGUCGUGCUGGAGGCGUGUCGGCGUUGGAAUGCGUUAAAACGUUUGACGUUGACCUUAUCCAAGUAUCCGGUACAGAGUUUCUCCAGGGGUUGUUACAAGGCGGGGAAUUGUUCCAACGCUUGACAUCGUUCGAAAUUAAGACGCGCUGUUGGAAAGAAAGCGGAUAUGCGACCACAACCAUUACCAGAACCUUUACCGAGGAUGAGAUGGCCCUGUUUAAGCAGCUGCUUCUCAUGAUGGAUAAGAUGGACGAGGUCACAAUUGCUGGCCUGGAUCUAAGCACGGAAUCCACGAAUAUUACACUGGAUUUCAUAGCGUCGAAUAAAAUAUCCGCGUCCAAAUUUAGAAUGAUUGAGGGAGAAUUUUAUGGUGACAGUUAAGCAGUUAAAAAUGUCUCUUUUUAAUUAAAUGGAUUAAUAAGUACUAAUUUUUUGGGUGAUUCAAAUAUGUAAAAUUUUGUAAAAUGAGGAAUUUUUGUUUUAUCGAUGCGGGAACUUGAAAUUUUGAAAAGAGGGUGAUUACUCUCGUAAUUUUAA